AUGAGCGAGAUUUCAGCGAACUCGCCCACGCUCCUGGAUGUUGUGCGCCAUUGGCCUGUGGCUAGCAACCUUGCUCAACACCUCCCAGCCGGGAGCCUGAUAAACCUCGCGAGAUCCUCCACCUCACUACGUGGAAUUCUUCAUGGCUUUGACACAUCAAGGAUCGCAGAGGCUCAAUCAGAUAGCCCUUCUGGAAUUGGUCCGCCAUCAGAAGACGCGACGCAAAUCUCUCGUCCUCGGAAAGUGUUAUACAUCGGCUCCCAUCGAACGCCGUAUUGGGAAGGUCUGAAACGAUCAGCUCCAUUCACUUGCUCAUCGCGCACACAUACCAAAGGAGACAAGACAGGCUCCUGCCGAUACUGCUCUAUGCCCAUUUGCGAGAGCUGUGUCGUUAAGCAUUCAUUUGGCAAGAACGAGAAUACCUUCAAGAACAGGUGUCGCUUCAUGUGUAAGCGCUGUUGGGAUUCGAGCAAUGUCCAGAAGCAAAGACGGUACAGUGGAAGAGCAGGUGCAGUGGAUGAAUAUUCUCACAGAUCAGCGGCCCAGGCUAGGGUUUUCUGCAUAUGUACAAGUAAAGAUGGCUGGGUGUGCAACGAAUGCAAAGAGAAGCAGAACAUGGAUGCUAGAGCGGACGGCACAAGGGUCUGCCAUGGUCAGAAUUGUGGGAAUAUCCUCGAGGAUGAUAAAGACAGGCGUAAAAUCUGUUUAUGGUGCGAUAAGCCUAUUCCAAGGGGUCGUGCGAGCAUGGAGUCCAGGAUAGCAUUUGAUCAGAAGAUGAUGGAUGCCCGGGAGCGAGAAUUCAGCUCGCAGCUGGCAGAUUGGGAGGAAUACGAAAGCAACAGGCGCAGGCAAAUGCUCAUGUCUAGAAGAGAACUGCGGGGCGAUGCAGCCGUCGAAGAUGAUCCAGAUGCCGAUAUGCAGCAGUUUGUGAGGAAUCUCGACAUUCUCAAUUAUUAUCGCUUUUGUGGUGAGCAGCCGACUGGUGACGAGAUCUACAAUUCCAAGCAUGGACAGUGGCAAUACAACGCAAAAUUUCUGAAGUGUUUCCAGCAAAGGCGCAUCGGACACAAAGAUGCCGCUUCUCUGAGGAGUGCUACCUGUUCGGAUUCGCACGACGCCCCCUUGGCGAAGACGAACUGGGACUUAUGGAUGAUGGCAUCUCGCAGGCCAUGGGAUGAGCCAGCGAUGGAUCAUCCCCUUGAUGAAGGCUUCGAGGCGAGGUCGGAUACAAGCUCUGACUAUAAUCCAGACGCAAUAGAGAAGCCUCCUGUGGCAGAAGAACAGGUAGCAGAUGCGGAAGCACAUUUUGGCGAUGGGAAAGCGUGUCUUGAAACAGACGAGGAGCCCGAGGAUGGACCUUCAAUUGUACGAGAGAUUGAAACAGAAGAUGACCGGAAAGCAGUAGUAACGGAAGCUCGUUCGGACGAAUCAGACCCCGGACCAGAAGCUGCUGAAGUUCAACCCGGACAGCGGCCUCCCGAGUAUGGUGCUGACACGCUGAUACUGGAGAGUGGGGAUGCUGUGGAGUCUGAAUGA